CUAAGCCUUACUGGAACUCUGUUAGCAUUGCUGUAUUUUUCACUUCUCUUGUUAUCUGUGCUGGCUACACUAAGGCUAGUCAGGCUAUGUCCGUUUGUCCUUAACUUGUCGGGUAGGUAGAGUCUCUGUAAGAACUGGGUGAGUGACUUAGUGAGUUAGUCAUGUGCAAAUGGAAAGACCUGAAGUUGUUUUAAGAUGUACUAAUUUUCCACUUAUUUAACUUAAGAAAACCACCCUUCCCCUAUUUAAUCAUCUUCAGGGGAGUUCAGAAACUGACAACAUAGGAGAAUAAAACCUCCACAGGUCCAGUCAUGCAGCUACUUCUGCCACCUUCUCACAGGGAUGAUGUUUCUUUAAGUAGUCUGACUGAAUAGACUUUAUCACCGUGAAGCUUCCUGCUCUUUCUUUACAGUAGUCUCACUGUGCCUCAUUUUUCAGCUUUCAUUUAUCCUCACUCAUCUGUCUGUCUCGUAGUUACUUUAUAUAUAUGUUUUGUCUGUAGUUCUCUCUAAAUUCUGGUUUUCAUCCCUCAGUUACUAAAGAGAACACAUUGGCUUGCACAGAAGUCUUGCUCUUGGCAUGCUUGAGUGGUGAAACUCUGUCUCUCUGGCCUAAUCCCCUUCCAGAAGAAAAGCAGUAAUGAGAACACUGUCAUCUGUGCUCUUAAUUUUUUUUAUUUUUUUUUUUUUUUUAAUAAAGACAACAUAAACCUUUUGGAGAAAAACGGAAUAAAACCAGUCAGUAGGCUAUCUGGUACAGUUUUACCACAGAGUUGUCUUUUUUUCUUGGCAAUGAGAUAAAAGUUAGGUGACAGCUUGGACAUCCGUUGCUUGCUUUUAUUCUGUCCCUUGGGAUGGUGUGUUUGGAUGUAUGGGAGUAUGCAUGCUUAAGGUUUUUAAGUUUUGUUCUGUGGACCGUCUUUGAAGUUUUAUGGAACUCCAAGUGAUCCGCAUGCUGAUGAACUGGCUCUUACAGACCUGUGUCCAUACCUGAGAGCUAAAAAGUUCAGGGAACUGUGGGGGUGAUGAUACAGAUAAAGUGUGUAUUGCAGUGGUGGCUGCAAAUAGAAUUAUUUAGUUUAGAAGAGAACUGGUAGUAUUCAAAAAUAAAAUGCUUUAAUUAUUGAAAGACAAAAAAGACUAAGAAGAAAUGAAACAAAUGAAGAGGAAAUAUUAACCUACCUGCAGUAUAUCUUACCUGCCACAAAAAUUGAGAUUAAUUAGGGACUAAGGUAAAUAAAUUAUUCUCUGUUGCAGAGUAUAUAGCUCCCUCUUUAAGAAAUGUUCCUUGCAAAACAAUCUUGCAUGAUGAAAACUAACACCACAUAGCUACUGUCCAAGACCAAAGACUUGGUAACUGAGAAUGUCGAAAACUGUACGCAUUUCACAAGAUGGUGUUUGCCCAGGAGACUUCAUGCCUCUGGAAGUAAACAGUCCUCAUGUGAAGCUGGGGCAAGAAUUCCCCGGAGUAGCUUUCCGAGGUCACCUCCGCUCUCUUCCAAAACUGAUGGAGAUAACAAGCUCUUCCCAUGCAAGUCAUGGCAAUCAUAAAGAAAACAGUCCUUUCCUGAACAAUACAGAAGCUGGCAAAGGAGGUGAUUACUAUGACAGAAAUCUGGCCUUGUUUGAGGAAGAGCUUGAUAUACGACCAAAAGUGUCAUCUCUGCUGGGCAAGUUGGUCAACUACACAAAUCUUACCCAAGGUGUUAAGGAACAUGAAGAAGCAGAAAGUACUGAUGGCUCGAAGAAGAAAGUAUCAAAGUCACCCAGCAUGGGCACCCUGAUGGGGGUCUAUUUACCAUGUAUGCAGAAUAUCUUUGGGGUUAUUCUCUUCCUGCGGCUGACCUGGAUGGUAGGAAUGGCUGGAGUUCUUCAGUCCUUCCUGAUUGUAUUACUUUGCUGCUGUUGUACUAUGCUGACAACCAUAUCGAUGAGUGCUAUUGCCACAAAUGGUGUUGUUCCUGCUGGCGGCUCCUAUUUCAUGAUAUCCAGGUCAUUGGGCCCUGAGUUUGGUGGGGCUGUAGGGCUGUGCUUUUAUUUGGGAACAACAUUUGCAGGAGCAAUGUAUAUCCUUGGUGCCAUUGAAAUUUUAUUGACAUACAUUGUGCCACAAGCAGCAAUUUUUCACCCAUCUGGUGCCCAUGAUGCCUCCAGUGCUAUGCUGAACAACAUGCGGGUGUAUGGCACUGUGUUCCUCAUCCUGAUGGCCGUGGUGGUCUUUGUAGGGGUGAAAUAUGUUAACAAAUUUGCUUCCCUCUUCUUGGCCUGCGUAGUAAUAUCCAUACUGUCCAUUUAUGCUGGAGCUAUCAAGUCCAUCUUUGAUCCACCUGAAUUUCCGAUUUGCAUGUUGGGCAACAGGACUUUGUCAAGAGAUCAGUUUGAUGUUUGUGCCAAAACCAUAGUCAAGGAUAACAUUACUGUGGCCUCUAAGCUUUGGGAGCUCUUCUGCCACACUACAAACUUAACCACUGAGAACUGUGAUGAGUAUUUCCUCAUGAACAACGUCUCUGAAAUAGCAGGAAUUCCAGGAGUUGCUAGUGGUAUUUUAAAAGACAACCUAUGGAGCAAUUAUUUGGAGAAAGGAGAGAUACUGGAGAAAGCACAUCACCCAUCUGUUGAUGUAGCAGGCCAGAAGAACAACCUUCAUCUGUAUGUGCUUUCAGAUAUAGCUACUUCAUUCAUGGUGCUGGUUGGCAUCUUCUUCCCUUCAGUGACUGGUAUCAUGGCUGGUUCAAACAGGUCAGGGGACCUCAAAGAUGCACAGAAAUCCAUUCCCGUUGGAACAAUUCUUGCCAUUGUCACCACAUCGCUAGUCUACUUCAGUUGUGUAUUGCUGUUUGGAGCCUGCAUAGAAGGUGUAGUCCUGAGAGAUAAGUUCGGUGAUGCAGUGAACAAGAACUUAGUGGUGGGCACCCUUUCAUGGCCCUCUCCAUGGGUCAUUGUGAUAGGAUCCUUCUUCUCCACGUGUGGAGCAGGUUUACAGAGCCUUACUGGAGCCCCCAGGCUGCUACAGGCCAUAGCAAAGGACAACAUCAUUCCUUUCCUCUGGGUUUUUGGUCAUGGAAAAGCAAAUGGUGAACCAACAUGGGCUCUUCUGUUAACAGCCUUGAUUGCUGAGCUGGGGAUCCUUAUUGCUUCGCUUGACAUGGUGGCUCCAAUUCUUUCCAUGUUUUUCUUGAUGUGUUACCUCUUUGUUAAUUUGGCAUGUGCAGUACAAACACUUCUUAGGACUCCAAACUGGCGGCCCCGAUUUAAAUACUAUCACUGGGCCCUCUCAUUUUUAGGCAUGAGCAUUUGCCUGGCACUGAUGUUCAUUUCAUCUUGGUAUUAUGCUUUGGUAGCUAUGCUUAUUGCAGGCAUGAUUUACAAGUACAUUGAAUACCAGGGUGCAGAGAAGGAAUGGGGUGAUGGCAUCCGAGGUCUUUCUCUCAGUGCCGCAAGAUAUGCCUUACUCAGACUGGAGGAGGGCCCUCCACACACGAAGAACUGGAGGCCUCAGUUGCUGGUGCUUCUGAAACUUGAUGAAGAUUUGCAUGUCAAAUACCCUAGAUUAUUAACCUUUGCAUCUCAGCUGAAAGCUGGCAAAGGUUUGACUAUCAUAGGAUCAGUGAUCCAAGGGAAUUUCUUGGAAACUUAUGGAGAAGCCCAGGCUGCUGAACAGACUAUUAAGAAUAUGAUGGACAUUGAGAAGGUGAAAGGAUUUUGUCAAGUAGUUGUAGCCAAUAAAGUUCGAGAAGGAAUUGCCCACUUGAUCCAGUCCUGUGGACUAGGUGGCAUGAAGCAUAAUACUGUGGUUUUGGGGUGGCCCUAUGGCUGGAGACAAAGUGAAGAUCCGAGGUCAUGGAAGACCUUCAUAGGUACUGUUCGCUGCACAACUGCAGCCCAUCUGGCUCUGCUGGUUCCCAAAAACGUGUCUUUCUACCCCAGCAACCAUGAGCGUUACAAUGAAGGCAACAUUGAUGUGUGGUGGAUUGUACAUGAUGGAGGCAUGUUGAUGUUGCUUCCUUUUCUGCUCAAACAGCACAAAGUUUGGAGAAAAUGCAAAAUGAGAAUUUUUACUGUAGCUCAGAUGGAUGACAACAGCAUCCAGAUGAAGAAGGACUUGGCUACUUUCCUCUAUCAACUCCGAAUAGAGGCAGAGGUAGAAGUGGUAGAAAUGCACAAUAGCGAUAUCUCAGCAUAUACUUAUGAGAGAACUCUUAUGAUGGAGCAGAGAUCUCAGAUGCUGAGGCAAAUGAGGCUGACAAAAACAGAGAGGGAAAGGGAGGCUCAGCUGGUGAAGGACAGACAUUCAAUAGCACGUCUGGAGAGCCUCUACUCAGAUGAAGAAGAUGAGGGGGACCCAGUUCCUGAGAACAUCCAGAUGACCUGGACGAAAGAGAAAUGUGACGCUGAGAAGCGGAACCGAGGCAGCGCUGUGGGAAGCUUUAGAGAUCUCAUCACCAUUAAGCCGAACCAGUCUAACGUCCGAAGAAUGCACACAGCAGUGAAGCUAAACGAAGUCAUUGUAAAUAGAUCCCAUGAUGCCAGACUUGUUCUCCUCAACAUGCCUGGUCCUCCAAAGAAUACCGAUGGUGAUGAGAACUACAUGGAAUUCCUGGAAGUCUUGACUGAGGGUCUGGAGAGAGUAUUGCUUGUUAGAGGAGGCGGCCGAGAAGUCAUCACAAUUUACUCCUGAUUAAUUAAAAGCUUCUAACGCUGCUCUUCAUUUACCUUCUUGGCGAUAACAGACAUUCCAGUUUUAAAUGGAGAAGAAAAAAAGGUCUUUUGCCUAACUUUCUCCUCAUCCAGUCCUGUUCAUUGUCUUUCCAUUUGCAACAUACAUAUCUUUGGGAUUGCAGUAUUGUCACACCAUCCGAUUAGCAACAAAUUAAUUUUGAAGCUGCCACAUUAUUCAGUUUCUGCUUUGGUACUCCAGCAUUUGUGCAUGUAGUUAAACACUAAACUUCUUUUUAGUCAGCACUGCUAUGUGCACUAUUUUUAGUAACUGUAUGUAAAGUUAGGACAUGAAAGCCAGUUACUGUAAAAAGAUUUUAAAAGCUUUUUAUAUUAGGUCUGGGGAAUAGAAUUACAUUAUAUAGCAGCUAGUUUCUGCUGAAGUUCAGAUAUAAAGCAUUUUCUAAAGAGCACACUAAAUUGUGAGAAUGAACUGAAAAAGCUUAUGUUUUUCUGGGUUUACUUCCAGAACUAAACUCGCAGUAUUGGUAAGAAUUUAUACUUUUAAUACAUUUAUUGAUAGAGAUUUAAAUAAAUUAUGUUGAUAUAGUUGAAAAUAUGUAUGUAGCUUGCUACACAUCGUGUUGCUUCCGAGACUUGAGGUUCUGUGAGGCCAGAUCCCUAUUUAUUUUUGUAUUUAUUUGCCAGAAAUAUUGGAUAUGCAGAUGCAGACCGUUUAGGAUAACAGAGAUCUCACAAUAAAUUUUGAAUUGUCAGUGGGUUGGAGGACCAGUUGUGUGCAGUUCUUCCAUACUUUAAAUUUUUUGCAGACCAUCCAUCAAAGUACUUUGAGCAUGUUGGAGCCCUGUCUGUAGAGCCAGGUGCUAUGCUGCACGCACAGCCGUGGGAUUGCCCUUGCACAAGUACAGGGGACCUGCUGCUUCAUUGUAUGCUUUAUGCCCUUAGAGGAAAAAGAAGAAAAGAAGACCUAUAUUAACCAAUAAGUCUCUGGAGAUUUUAUCAAGCCCGUUGAGUUGUACUUUAUGUACAGAACAUUCGUAUUUUUUCAAUAAAAUGUUGCAUACACUUUGAACCUA